UCCGCCUCCGCCUUAUAAGAAGCCCGGGCGCCGGCGGGCAGGGCGGCCCGGGAGGCGGGGACCAGGCCACGGCAGAGUCCAGGGCGCCGCGCCCCACCUGUGGCGGCGGGACGAUCGGCCGGGCGGGGAUGGGCCGCUACUCGGGCAAGACGUGCCGGCUGCUGUUCAUGCUCGUGCUCACCGUCGCCUUCUUCGUGGCCGAGCUGGUGUCGGGCUACCUGGGCAACUCCAUCGCGCUGCUGUCCGACUCCUUCAACAUGCUGUCGGACCUGAUCUCGCUGUGCGUGGGGCUGAGCGCCGGCUACAUCGCCCGGCGCCCGCGCGGGGGCCUGAGCGCCACCUACGGCUACGCCCGCGCCGAGGUGGUGGGCGCGCUCAGCAACGCCGUCUUCCUUACCGCGCUCUGCUUCACCAUCUUCGUGGAGGCCGUGCUGCGCCUGGCCCGGCCCGAGCGCAUCGAUGACCCCGAGCUGGUGCUCAUCGUGGGCGCCCUGGGGCUGGCCGUCAACUUGGUCGGGCUGCUCAUCUUCCAGGACUGCGCCGCCUGGUUCGCCUGCUGCGGCCGCCGCCGCCGCCGCCAGCAGCAGCGGCAUCAGCAGCCGGCGGCCGGGGGCGGCCCUCGCGGCGUCUUCCCGGGUCCCCAAGGCGCCGAGGGCCGCUGGCACGCCGCCGCCCUGCCAGCCCCCGGCCGCGACUCGGCCGUGACCCUCCGGGUGGCCUCGGUGGACGAGAAGGGGGCGACCGUGUUCUCCAACGUAGCAGGUGAUUCCCUGACUACGCAGAAUGAACCAGAAGAGACUAUGAAAAAGGAGAAGAAGUCCGAAGCCCUGAAUAUCAGAGGGGUACUUUUACAUGUGAUGGGAGAUGCCCUGGGGUCGGUGGUUGUGGUGAUUACGGCCAUCAUAUUCUAUGUGCUUCCCCUGAAACAUGAGGACCCAUGUAACUGGCAGUGCUACAUUGACCCCAGCCUGACUGUCAUCAUGGUCAUCAUCAUUUUGUCAUCUGCCUUCCCACUUAUCAAGGAGACUGCUGCCAUUCUGCUGCAGAUGGUCCCCAAAAGCGUCAACAUGGAAGAGCUGAUGAGUAAGCUCUCUGCCGUGCCCGGAAUUAGCAGUGUCCAUGAAGUUCACAUCUGGGAACUGAUAAGUGGGAAGAUCAUUGCCACUCUGCACAUCAAGUAUCAGCAGGACGGGGGAGAUCGGGAUGCCAGUAUAAAAAUUCGAGAAAUCUUCCACAACACGGGAAUCCACAAUGUGACCAUCCAGUUUGAGAAGGUGGACCUGAAGGGGCCCCUAGAGCAAAAGGACUUGCAGUUGCUCUGUAGCUCACCCUGCAUCUCCAAGGGCUGCAGCAAGCAGCUGUGCUGUCCCCCCGGGGCGCUGCCUCUGGCCCACAUCAAUGGCUGUGCCGAGCACAAUGGCUGUCCCCCACUGGACUUGUCCCGGAGUGAUGGCCUUGGGAGACGACAAACAGCAGAAGUGGCUCUUGAAGUAUCUUUGGAAGGUUGUCUGAGUGACCACGGACAAGCUCUUAGCAAAUCUCAGGAGGACUCACGUUAUAUCAACAGCACACAUUUUUAGUUUGGUGCCCACAUCAGUAAGCUGCAUAGGCGAGGCACUUUGGAACCACUAGCUGGGCUUGUGGGAAGAGAUUUGUGGGUCAUAGACUCUGAUCACACUCACAGUGUGCACACGCUCUGUGUUCAAUAGGGGGUUGGCUGUUUGGGAUGUUAGUUGAACUUGUCUGUUAAUUUUUAUGUGACCGAGAACACUUCUACCUUAUCCUGGGUGUUUCAUGCUGCUCUUCAACAGUUUUGUUUGAACAUUUAUUUUCCGAAGCAAACGCACUAGUAUACGUAUCAGGGACAUUGAAGGCUGGGACUCAAUAAUUGUGGACACAGGAUUCAAAGUAGUUUUUGUUUGAAAUUGCUUAGAACUGCUUGCUGACUCUCAGGUGAGCUCAUAGCCAAGCACAUCAAAAAAAACUUAAGAACCAUAAUAGCUAUAUUCUUUUCUAUUCCACUGGGAGAUCAUAAAAGAGGAAAGUUAGGUAGUCCUAUAACUGCAGAAAUUUUUUUCUUUGACUAAUUUUUGAAUAAACGUAAAACAAAUACCUAGUAAGGUAGAAAAUAUUCUCAGAACAUUAGAGGAUGUCAAGUUUAUUGGGGGUGGGGAAAGGCAGGAAGAAAAUGCAUUUUGAUGAUUUCUUCAUUUUGAGAGGUAGAGAGAAAAAGACUUUCUGCUGUGAACUGAACUACAGCUAUAGGAUGUUUCAAAUGUUCAAAUACAUAAGAUGCUUUUUUUUCACUUGGAAGUGUGGGAAUAUUUCUACUUCUUUAAGUAUGACACAGUACUUAUAUACUGUCUUUUAGAGUCAGUCUAGUUAGGACUGUUUUCAUUUAUUGCUUAUUAAUGAUUUACUAAUUUGCCCAAAUUUCCCUUCAGUCUUCUUUUAUAUGAUCACAUUGAUCUAUGUAGCAUUUACCAGGAGAAAAUGAGUAUUUUGGGGAUAGGAAAAUAUAUGGCAUUGAGUAUGCAUUCUUGCCCAAAAAAUAAGCUAGAUUGACUUUCCUUUAAUUAGACAUAUUUUAAAGUAUUUACUAUAGUUGCCAACUAGUAAUUUGAUGGAAAAGUGUAUGUCCAAGGGAGAGAUGAGAAUUAAUUAAAUUGCUGCCUUUAAUGUGUUUCAAGGAGCUUACAUUUUUCUUUUAUGUCUCUUGACCCAUAUCAUCAAGUUCAAAUACAUCUAUUAGAAUCUGAUUUUCGUUCCAUGUACUGGAGAAACAUCUGGCAUGAAUUUAACAAACGUUUAGGCAGCAAUAUUUUCACCAGAACAGUCUCAAAAUAAGUAUAAGAAAACAGGAGGUGCCUCGCUAAAGAACUAGAAUCUUUUUGAUGGGUUGCAAAAUUGACUGUAAAAGAUCAUCCCUCAGGCUCUAAGCAUUGAGUCUGCACAGUUUAGAAUCUUCACAGUUCUCAUCAGAAAUGCUGGAUUGGGAACAGAAAAAGCACCCACAUUUUUCAACACAAACACCAUUUAAAAAACUGUCUUAGUUUUAAAUUCUAAGGCUGAAAUAAAGAAGCAGCUGUGAUGAGUAGAUAGGAAAAUUUUUAUUCCUUGAAAAUUUAUUAUCUGAGUUUAAAUUGGCCAUGAAUUAGGUAAAUAGAAAAAUGCCUAAAUAUGUUUUUAUCCCUAGGAGUUUAUUAAGCAUAUAUACUUAAUAGUAUUAUAUAGUAUGUACUAUAGUGUAUAUAUACUUAAUAGCUACAAUGGGGGUAGAUAUAAAGCAACAUUUUUACUUUUAAUAUUAAAAGCAUGGCAUGUACUCACACAAAACAGAGGAUUCUCUGUGAAACUCACCACAGUAAUCUGUGGACCAAAUUCUCUUGUAUAAAUGUUGGUUGAGAUGCACUGAUUAGAGCCAAAGAAGAAAUGUCUCUCACUUCCAGAUUUGAAGGUCUAAUUUGAUUUCAUAUCAUUCUGCUUUUAUUAAAAGGGAAAAAUUAUAAUUUUAUAAUUUUUUUUGCAGCUGGGUAAAGGAAUGCAUAUUAGUUUACAUCCAAAUAAUGUUCUUUAAUUAAUCUCUAAAGUAUUUUUCUGGAAAGGAAAAGGCUCUUAAUUCCAACAUAAUUAAAUCUAACCUCAGAAAAUUAUCUCGAUGGACAUUUAUGAACAUACCAAAUUAUGGAAUGCAGUCAAUGUGAAAUAGUACCUUUUGAAGACAGUUGGGCUCGGUGUGUUUAAUAAUGUCCAAACAAGCUAAUUAGGUGCAAUAUUUUUCUGUUGGGUUAGGUGCUUGCAUUUGCCACUCAGGCUCUGUGAUGCCUGCUGUAUGGUGUUUUUACUUGGGUUUUACUCUCCCUUUAGUUGUCCUGCAUUUUAAUUCUCCCAAGGAAACAAAAAUAUUUUCUUUUUUCCUUUGAAUGAGCCCUGCAAAGUGGCAGUGGUGCCUAAACAAUACUGUUUUUUUUCCUGAGAUUAGAAAAAUACUGCUACUCAGUUUCGCGUUCCUGUGUGCUUAGGUUAGUUCCAGAAAAUUCUCUCUUUUUUUUUUAGAAACUGAAAAUAAUUUUUUAAGAGUCUAGGGAAUCCUCUGUGUGUCAGAUCAGGACCAGCCAUCAGGUGUUCUAACCUGGGGAAGAGGGAUAGCCUCCUAUUUCUAUGGAAAGAGUCCUUUCCGCAUUAUUUCAGCACCAGCUAUAGGAAAAACUAAGUUUGCUUUUAUUUUCCAACUUUCAACUCUGUUUGUGAAAAUAGAGGUUACUUUUUCUUUUCAUGAUAUUUGUCUGUUAUGAAUGCCCGUGGGGCUACCAGGUUCCAUUGUUGACAGAAAAAAAUAUUAUCCCUUUAAUUUUUUGAUCAAUAAAAUAGGGAGACAUUGAGGAAGAAUUUAGAAUACUCUCCAUGUUUAGUUACGUUUUUUUCCUUCCUUCUUUUUUUUUUUUUUUUUUUUUUGCCACCAGCUGGCCAAACUCUAGUGGAGGUAAAUCAGGAACUUCAAAGUUCAGUAGGAAUGGGUGCUUUGAAUGUCAAAGAAAUCACUGGGGUAGAUUUUGGAUCAUAAUAAACUGCCUUUUGAGGUAGUAAGAGCUUUUGCUAUGCUUCUUCAAUCUCCUUGUCCUUGACAUUUGAACUGGAUAACUCCUUGUUGUGCGGGGCUGUCUUGGCCUUGUAGGAUUUUUAGCAGCAUCUCUUGGCUUCUACCCCCUAGAUGCCAGUAGCAUACCCCCAAGUUGUGACAACCAACAAUGUCCCCAGACAUUGUCACAGGUCCGCUGGGGAGCAGAAUAGCCCCUAGUUCUGAGCCACUGACUUAACCUAAGGGUCUUUGAGGGAUAUUGUUGAUGAAAGCCCUUCCAGGGCCCAGUAAUCCUUUUGAUCUAAUCACUCUGCAGAAUUUGCUCCUUAAAAAAAAUAUUUUUAAAGGCUAGAUAAAACUAUUUAUAAAAAUACAGUCGUCUUUACAUAGAACAAUGUAAUUUGGAAAAUAAAGCCCUUAUAAAUCUGACUAUACAGAUCAGUCAAUAUAACAGUGAAUGAAAUGCUCUCACUGUUCUGUGAUGAUCUCUUCAACUCAUGAAUAUCCUCAGUUUGAUGAACUCACUGCUAAAUGAGAAGGGGUUACAUCAGCACAAUUGAUUCUUGGCGUUAAGGUGUUUAAUUUCCCACCAGUUUUAAACUUGAUGAUAUUUUUUUGUUACUGGUUUCUGACAAACAGCGCAUCUUAGUGCAAUGACAAAUUCGGAUGUUAAAAACAUUUUUUUAUUGUUCAUGACUCACUUAAUCCUUUGCCAAAUCAUAUCCAUUUUUUUCCAAGAGGACAAAAUACAUUUCCUGCUUUUAAAUGAUCCCGCGUGUAAUGUAUCUUCACACUUUUGCAAUUAAAGAUCGCAGAAAAGACUGGUUUAAAAAAAACGAGGAAACGCAACCUAAUUUGGGUUUCUAAUUUAGGCUUAGUAAGCAUGCCUAUUGUAUAGCCCUUGUCGUUCACUUGAUAAAUUGUCACCUAUUUGUGCUUCUGAGUGUAUUUGCAUGUGAUUAGCCACAGGAAUAAAACAGGAAUGAAGCCGUUGAAUUGGGGAACUAGCUGCUCAAAUGGAACUUGCAUCAGACCCUAAUCCUCACUGUAAUCUCAAUGUUCUUAUGAAUUUGCAGUUUAGCUAAUGAAAAUGUGCAUUUUUUUCUGGAACUUUUCAGGUGUUUCAUUCUGGACUUUUUUUGUUUACGUGGAACUUUCUUGCUUAUUGCUAGGUGGAUCAAUGGUCUCCUCUUGGUACAAAGCCAGGCCAGAGACACUGAACCUGCUCUGCAUUCUGAUGGGAAUAACCUGGAAAGGAUGAUGAUUUUCAAGGGAGAAUGACCCCUUUCUGGAGGUCUGAAAUUAUGUUACAGUAUUGUGGAGUUUUGUUGCUUGAGGUCUUCCUUCUGUCCUCACAGGUGAUUUUGCCAAAGUAUAAUUGUCACAUUUGGGGGAAUUAUUAAACUCUAAGAUACAAAGUUUCAAUAACUCAUCGCUAAUUGCAUGUGAAGUCCCCCAGUGAUGUAUGCACAGAUGCAUACCUUUAAAAGUGAAGAUGUUCAAUGGUGCUGUCAAUAAAAAGUUUUUAA